GCCGUGUAGCCAAGUUGCGACUUGCACGGGCCACGAAGACUUCAUAAAUAAGAGGCAUGGACGACAAUUGCCAGACUUAGAGCUACCACCCGUGACCUCAGUUAGCAGACCCCUUCGCUCUCUUUGCCCUCUAGUCCCCGCCGGCCUAGCGGCCGGUGAUGGCCGUGGAAGUCGCCGGAACUCUCUUUCAUUGGUUCCAGCCGCCACUUCCUUCCGGAAGCUCUAUCUCCAACAAGGCCUUAGCCUUCGCAUUCUCAAAAAACACUCCCGGUCCAUCCAUUGCUCAUCACAGAGGUCAUAAAUCGUACUUCCUCGGAACUGCCAUUAUUCAUCGUUCUCAUCAAAGAAGAGCGGGGGAACGAAGAAGCAGAGCUCGAGUCCAUUGUAGCGCUAGCCUUGAUGGAUUCGGAUUCGUCGAUGAUGGCAAAGAUGACGAGGACGAAUUUGAGAAGAGGAUCAACGACUUUGCCUCGAAAUUUAAGAUGGAUGCUGAGUCUCGAAUGAUUCAAGACGCAGAGAUAAGUAAUAGCGGUGGUGAAUUCGCUCCUUCUUCUUCCCCUGUUUCUGGGCCGGUGUGCCCUUCCCUGCUUUCUAUUGCGUCUGAAAUACGAUCGAUGCGACCAGAUCUGGGGCCGGCCUGCGAUGGAUUCGAGCCUGAUAAGGUUCAGCUAAGAGCGAAUAGCUUCGAUCUUCCGCUCUCGCUCCGGAUUCUGAAGCGGAAGAAGAAGCAGUGGGAAUCGGCGGAGAUAGACGACUCCGCCUACUCCCCGGUGAAGAAGGCCUUCUCCUCGAUGGUGUUCAUCGUGCGCGAACUUCAGAGCCACACCAUUCGUAUGCGUGAAACCCUCUUCUCCUCAUCCAAACAACAGAUCCAGGGGAUUCUCGCCAGGGUCCACGAAGAGCUACACGCCUCCUUCGUUUGGCUUUUCCAGCGUAUAUUCUCCACCACUCCCACCCUCAUGGUCUAUCUCAUGCUCCUUCUUGCCAACUUCACAAUCUUCUCCAUCACCGACUACCAUGCCAACGCCAAAACCCCUACGCCGUCUAUCUCCUCCACCGUCCAAGAAUCCCACAGCCCGUCCUCCCGAUUGGAUUCUUCAGCAGUGAAAUCAUUUUCCGUAGGAAGAUCGGCCGCCGUCGGAGGAAGCGGAGGUGGUGGCGGGGGUAAGAAGGACCCGCCCGUCGCCGGCGCAGCCGACGAUGGACGGUGGGAUCGGUCAUCGUCUUCAUUCCAUAACAGUGGCACAAUUUCUCCUGAAGUAGCAUCCACGGCUUCGGCGAAAGAAGAGGAUGAUGAGAAGGCGUGGAAGAGGAUCGUGGAGGCGGCGGAAUGUAUUCGGGCGAGCGGGCGGCACGAGGCGCUCAUGGAUCCCGAUACGUUGCGGCGUUUCAUAUCGCCCGUUACGGUUGAGCUUGAGCCGGACGACUUAUCGGCAUACGCGGCGACGGAGCUGUCGUACCGGCGAGUUCUCGCCGAGGGCCUGGAUGAUCCUCUCCUUCUCUCCAAUUUUGCCCAGUUUCUCUAUGUUGUUCUCCGCGACCACGACAGGGCCGAGGAAUAUUUUAAGCGGGCGGCAGUGGCGGAGCCGGCGGAUCCGGAAGCUUUAUGUCGGUACGCGAAUUUCUUGUGGGUGGCGAGGAAAGAUUUGGGGGCGGCGGAGGAGACCUUCUUGGAAGCCAUUGAAGCAGAUCCCGGGAACAGCUAUUACUCUGCUAACUACGCACACUUUUUGUGGAGCACGGGCGGCGAGGACACGUGCUAUCCUCCCGAUGCUUGUGAUUCAUAACGGUCUCCACGAUUAAUAACAGGCGGGAAUAAGUAAGUGGGAAGAUCGCUUUAAAUAUUUACCGUUGUAUCUUCCUGUUUCUAAUUUUCUCUCUUCUUCUUCUUCUUCGUUUCUAAUGCUUCUCAAAUAAAUUUACGGAAAACAUAAUUUUGUAUA